AUGUCGACUCCUUUUGCACUAGCGAGCCCGACUUUGAAAACCGUCGACGAAUUGGAGAACGAGACUUGCUGGGCAGUGCAGCAUGACAACCUAGGAUCCACGUGUGCUAAAAGUUACAUUGAAAAUGUUUACUUCGAGGUCCCAGUUUUGGAUAUAGGCGCGCUAUGCACAUCUUGGCAAAACCACAAGGCGCCAUUCCUGCCCGAAAGCCCGCUUCACCAUGCUUUGAUUCUUGCAACUGUUUCGUGGCUGGAUAAGUCUACUCUGAUUCGUCACGGGUUUACGAGUCGCGAGGAAGCAUUUGAUGUCCAUUUGAAUAAGUUGAAGAAUUGCAUAGCACAUACCACCGAGCCCUUAAUCGAGGUGCAGGCUCUUCUUUUGGCCAUAUAUUCUUUAUCCCACUCAGGUAUUCGAUCUGGGAGAGUUCAAUCUAGAGAAUGGCUCCAGCGGGUCGCCGACCACCUCAAACAGGAUCUCUCAAGAAAGACCAAAUCGAGAAGGGCGACAUGUUCUUCUCUGAGGCGACGGAUAUGGUGGUCAGCUUUUAUCGCUGAGCGUCUUCACUACUUGCGUUAUGCGCUCGAGGAACAGAAAGAGAAUCUGAACCCGUCGUUUGAACUCAGUCGGCAAACAGCUAUGCCACUGACAAUGGAGGACUUGGGAUCUCAAUACUAUUUUAUGGUCGGAGAGACGACAAACGAGUAUUGGUGCCGAAUACAGCAGACAUCUUGUUUUCUUCAAAGAAAGCUUAUCUGCGAGCAAAUCGAUAAGAUAGUCUGGAGCUCAACACUGUUAAACCCACCAGAGGGGACCACGCCGGACACAGCAACAAAGAUCUCGGCGGUUGUGUCCUCCGUGGCAUUUUUCAAAUAUGAUAUCUAUUUCGCCACAUUACAAUCGCUCGGCGAAUUCUUCCGGCUUUACCGAGAAGGGCAAGGUAGACCGGAUGGGAAUGAUUUGAUGAGCAGCGGCAACUGGGCGCUGGAAACGCUGCGGCUCAACACAUACUUGCUCUUCGCUCGAGCCUUGCUGGCAAUGGCCCGGGUACCCAUGAAUACGUCUGGGGUCCCAACCAGACAGAUUCAUGUAUGGAACAUCGUGAGGGAUAACAUUGUCAGAGAUAUGACGAGGAAAAUUAUUCAGGGGGCAACAGGCGCCUUGCACCAAGUCAAUAUCAAUGCACUCCACCGCACAGCCUCCGUUCUGCCUCUGAGAGCCGUGAUAUGUGCAACCAGGGCAUUCCUCUACUUGUCAAAAUCCCGCUCUUCUAGGGGCCGCUCCCACAUCAAAUCUCAGCUCGACAUUCUCCUACGAACGUGUACAGCGGCUAGCGAUGAACUCUGGACAGAAGGGGCAUUCAUCGACGGCGACAGCACACCAUAUCAUCUUCCCGAGCUCAGCACCGUGGCAACAACUCCAACCUCCAGCUUCGCUCCAACACCAAUGGGCGAAAAUUUAGAAAUAUUAGAUGAGGCAGUAGAGGAGAAGAGGGACUUAUUGAGUAGUUUCGACGAAUUAUGGAAUCCACCGAAACUUGAAAACGCAUCACCGAGCAGUGUUAUAGAUUUAACCUAG